UGAUACGACGCCUCCACCAACUGUUAAUCCCUAAAUGGAGGUCGAGGUCAAGUUCCGCCUCCCGGACGCCGCCGCCCAUCAGCGUCUCUCCGACGCGCUUUAUCCCUUCCACCUGCGUACCCACCUUCAAGAGAACCUCUUCUUCGACGGUGCCGACAGCGAGCUCUCAACCCACUUUGCCGUCUCCCGCAUUCGCUUCUACGACGGCGAUUCUCGUUGUGUUCUCUCGCUCAAAGCCCGCGCCAGCCUCGUCGACGGUGUCAGUCGCGUCGAAGAGGUCGAGGAGGACAUCGACCCUGCUCUCGGCCGCGCCUGCGUCGCCGAACCCUGGCGUCUGGGUUCCCUUUCCGCAUCAUCGAGGAUCAUGGGGAGGGUCAAGGAUGAGUUUGGGAUUGGAGGGGAAGGGGAGGGGAAGAAAGGAAGUUCCUUUGUCUGUUUGGGAGGGUUUAGGAACGUGAGGGCCGUGUAUGGGUGGAAGGAAGGGCUGACGUUGGAGCUCGAUGAAACGAAUUACGAUUUUGGCACUAGUUAUGAGCUAGAAUGCGAGACUGGAGAGCCGGAGAAGGCCAAGGAAAUGCUAGAGGGAUUCUUGUUGGAGAAAGGGGUAGAGUAUUCCUACUCGAAAGCUUCUAAGUUUGCGGUUUUCAGAGCUGGGAAGCUCCUUCCCUGAGUGAGUUCUUUUUAGUCUUAUGUCCAUGUUUUUUAUAAAAUCUUAAUUUCUGGUUUGCUGGCCGUAAUGUUUCAAUGAGUAUUGUGUAUGGGGCAGUACUUUUGAGACAUUGAAUUGUUCUAUAUAAUUGUUUGUAAUGCAUUAUAGUUCAUUGAAUAAUUACAAGUUAAUUGAAGUCUCAA